AUGAAGAUCCUCAUCACAGGAGCAGGCGGGUUUCUGGGCCAAUUCCUCGCGCGCGAACUGCUCCAAAACCCGGAGCACAAGGUCGUCCUGACAGACAUUAUCGACGUGCCCGUGCCCAAGGGGGCCAAGUACCCGCAAAACGCGACAUGCGUCAAAGCCGACCUGCUGAAAGACCGCAGCGUGGUCACGCCGGAUCUGGAUGCGGCGUACAUCUUCCAUGGAGUCAUGUCCGCGGGCUCGGAAGCAAACUUCGACCUGGGCAUGAGUGUCAAUCUGGAUUGUACGAGACUGCUCCUUGAGACGAUCCGACAAGUCCGCCCGGGACUGAGAGUCAUCUACUCAUCCAGCGGAGCUGUCUACGGCCGCCCUCUGCCUGAGGUGAUCACAGAAGACGUCCUCCCCACUCCCGAGGGCUCCUACGGCGCCGCCAAGUUCAUGUGCGAGAUCCUCAUCAACGACAUGACUCGGAAGGGGUACAUUGACGCCUUUAUCAUCCGAUUUCCCACCGUCACCGUACGACCGGGCAAGCCAGCACCAGCAGCCUCGGCCUUUAUCUCGGGCAUCAUUCGCGAACCCUUAGCGGGCAAGGAGUGCGUGUUGCCUGUCAAAGAUCGCGCCUUUCCCAGCCACGUGUGCUCGCCCAAGACGUUGAUUCACAACCUCGUCUACACACUCACACUGCCUUCGGACGCGCUGCCGAGCCACAAGCGCGUGGUCAACGCCCCGGGACAUGUGGUCACGAUUCAAGACAUGCUCGACGCCCUGGCCAAGGUUGGCGGCGAGGACAAACUCCAGUACGUCAAGGAGGAACAUGACGAGCCCAUUGCCAAGAUCCUGUAUUCGUGGGCUGUCAAGUACGACAACUCGUUGGCGUACAAGCUGGGGAUGAAGAAGCCGGACAGUUUUGAGCAGUCGGUGCGGGAGUUUGUCGAGUAUAUGGAGGAGCAAGAACGGUUAUCCUAG